CUCCUCUUGUUUUUUUCCACAAGAACAAAACCGGUCCCCACCACCACCACCACCACCCCCUCCCCUCUUCGAUCCCAAUCCCUCCUCACGUAAUGUGUUGCUCAUAUCAUCAAACUUCAAGUCCACGUUCGUGACCAGGAUUCAAACCAGAGCUAUAUAGAUCCCGGAGACAAUCAUCACUUCCAAAAAAAAAAAAGAAAAAAGUCACACUUCAGGGGCCGAAAGCGGCGCCGUUCAGUGUCAAACCUGCAGACAGCCUGCAGACGGGUCUGCUCCACAAAUAUGCAGCACCGGUGGAGGUGGGCUUCUGUUUCCCGUGACUCAUUCGUGCGCAAUGACAAUAAACAGACAAGGCUUGCUCUAAAUGUCAGCAAAUCAUACCCACUUCAACAAAAGCAAGGUCACCUUGAUUUGGAUCUAGUGGAGAACUGAAGCUCGGGUCUGUUUUUUCUUCUUCAUCUUCUUCUUCUGCUUGGAGUGUACCAAAAAAGCGCAGCCUCUCCUCCAGGACUUAAUUUGGGGGUAAAUUCACUUUGUUCGGUUUUUUUUUUCCGCCUUGGACUGCACCUGUUCACCUGGAUACACACAAUCACGUGAGCCUCACUUUUCAUCUUGGAUAGUAAAAAAGAUUUGGGGGUGAAUAAAGAAAAAAAGAAAAGUGACCAGGCUUUUUGAGGUGAGGACUUUGGCACAGGGUCUCGGGAGCGAUGGCGGCGUCUGCACCCUCCUCCUCUGGCGGCGAACCGGAUCCCAACUCGACAAAUUUACGACCACCGGGCUCAAGCUAUGACGCUUGGUGUGGAGUUGCUCAUGGAUGUACUAGAAAAUUGGGAAUGAAGAUAUGUGGAUUUUUGCAGAAGAACAACAGUUUGGAGGAGAGGAGCAGGAUUGUGAGUUCCUUCAAGGAGCGCACAGCCAAGAACCUGCUGUCCUGCGACAACAGCGGCGGAGAAGCGCGUUUCAGACGCACAGAGACGGAUUUCUCUAAUCUGUUCGCCAGAGAUCUGUUGCCUGCUAAAAAUGGAGAGGAGCAAACCAUGCAGUUCUUGCUGGAAGUCGUGGAAAUCCUCACCAACUACAUCCGGAAGACCUUCGACAGAUCCACCAAGGUGCUGGACUUCCACCACCCCCACCAGCUGCUGGAGGGCAUGGAGGGCUUCAACCUGGAGCUCUCCGACCAGCCCGAGUCUCUGGAGCAGAUCCUGGUGGACUGCAGGGACACCCUGAAAUAUGGAGUAAGAACAGGUCACCCCAGGUUCUUUAACCAGCUGUCCACUGGAUUAGACAUCGUUGGGCUGGCGGGAGAGUGGCUUACCUCUACAGCCAACACUAACAUGUUUACCUAUGAGAUCGCCCCUGUCUUUGUACUGAUGGAGCAACUGACGCUGAAAAAGAUGAGAGAAAUCAUUGGCUGGCCUGACAGAGAGGGUGAUGGAAUAUUUUCUCCAGGAGGAGCAAUCUCCAACAUGUACAGUGUGAUGAUUGCCAGAUACAAGUUUUUUCCUGAAGUCAAAACCAAAGGCAUGGCAGCUGCACCCAGACUGGUCCUCUUCACUUCAGAGCAUAGCCACUAUUCCAUCAAGAAAGCCAGUGCGGCUCUGGGUUUUGGAACAGAAAACCUGAUCCUUUUGAACACAGAUGAGAGAGGGAGAGUCAUUCCUGCUGAUUUGGAAGCCAAAGUAAUAGAGGCCAAGCAAAAGGGGUAUGUUCCGAUGUUUGUGAAUGCUACCGCUGGAACCACCGUCUACGGAGCCUUUGAUCCCAUCAAUGAAAUUGCAGACAUCUGUGAAAAGUACAAUAUGUGGCUUCAUGUGGAUGGUGCUUGGGGAGGAGGUUUGCUGAUGUCCAGAAAACACAGACACAAGCUGAACGGAGUGGAGAGGGCCAACUCAGUCACCUGGAACCCUCAUAAGAUGAUGGGAGUGCCACUGCAGUGUUCUGCCAUUCUGGUUAGGGAGAGGGGAUUACUACAAGGCUGCAACUCCAUGUGUGCUGGCUACCUCUUCCAGCCAGAUAAACAGUACGAUGUUACAUACGACACAGGCGACAAGGCCAUUCAGUGCGGCCGGCAUGUUGAUAUCUUUAAGUUCUGGCUCAUGUGGAAGGCAAAGGGAACAGUAGGAUUUGAGCAGCAUAUUGACAAGUGCCUGGAUCUGUCAGCGUACCUCUACAAUAAGAUAAAAAACAGAGAGGGCUUCGAGAUGGUGUUUAACGGAGAGCCGCAGCACACCAACGUCUGCUUCUGGUACAUUCCACUGAGCCUGCGAGGCUUACCUGAUGGUGAAGAGAGGCGGGAGAGGUUGCACAAGGUGGCCCCAAAGAUCAAGGCCAUGAUGAUGGAGUCUGGGACUACGAUGGUGGGCUACCAGCCGCAAGGAGACAAGGUCAACUUCUUCCGCAUGGUCAUCUCCAACCCUGCUGCUACCAGGUCAGACAUUGACUUCCUGAUUGAGGAGAUCGAGCGACUGGGGCAUGACUUGUAAGAGCCACACCUGUAUUGUAAAGCCAACCCCCCCCCCCCACCCCCCCCACCCCCCCAACCCCCCCCAACCCCAACCCCAAACAUUUGUAUUUACUGACUCUGGAGAGCCUAGAGCUUGGCUUCAUGUCCCUUUUGUCUUAUACAGAUGUUCAGAUUUCUGCUUACAGGUCAUUUCUGACAAUGCACAACAAAUAAUAAUAUGCCCUGUGUGUCUUUUCUCUGUCUCUUCUGUCUUUAGCAGCAAUGACAUAUAUUUAAAACAUUUGCACAACGGGUUAUCUGAAUAAAACGGACAUAAGUCAAAGCUUGAGAGAAUCACAUAAGCACACUGGUAUUCUUGCUAAAUCAUAUGUUAAGUGUGGAACGAACAUAUAUAAUGUCAAUGUGAUGAGGUUCCUUUUCAUGUAAAUAUGAAAAAGCAAGAAUUCCUGAGCACUCUGACGAUUCUGUCAUACAGCAGCUAUAAAAGUGUAAUUUUACUGUUGUACUAUAUGAAGAUCGGUAUUAAAAACAGAAUGUGAUCAAAGUAUUUUUUCACAAGUAACAGAGCACAACGUGGGGAACCUUACAGCAUUGACAUAAAUAGUAUUAAUAUAAAUAUGAUGUUCUGACUAUUGGUGCUCCAUGUUGUCUAUGUAAUUAUCAAGCCAGAUGCACCGCCAUAUUGUAACCUAGCUGUUACUUCCCUUUGAUAUUACGUAAGUGGGAAUAUAUAACACAGUCAUUGUAACAGUUACUGUACUUGAGUGCUGUGUUUUUAGAGAUUUUUGUGUAGAUUGUGUAUAGUAUUGUUACAUUGCCUUUGUGCCAAAUGUGUCCACGUUUUACAGUGAGAAGAUCCUAUAUGUAAAUCAACCAUACAGUAUAAUAUGUAAUAGAAUAAUCACUUUAUUUAUAUCGAGAGAUUAUAAUUGUGAAUAGGUAAUCUGCAAAUCUGUUCCAUUUGCAAUGUAUACUCCUUCAUAUUUGGAAACUCUGCUGUAUCAUAUCAUAAUGUAUCACAAUCACAAUGUCUUUUAGUGUAUCUGUGAACCAAAGAAGGGUUGAGUUACAUUCAUGAACAUGUACACGGACCUUAUUCUCCCUUAUGGAUGAAUUCAGCUGUUAAUAAUAAGAAUACUUAACUUAUCGCCCUUAACUUUAGUGCAAUCUAUGUUGUGUAACUGUGCAAAGUCAUUGUGAUUCACUGACUGAAUAUUGUCCAGACACUUUGCUAGAUGUGGGAGGCUUGACCGGCAGUGCGGCUGCUGCUGGAUAAAAAGCACAAUGCUAAACCAUGACCAUGGGGCAGCUUAUUUAGGGACAUAUGAUUGUCUGUAUUAUAAUGUGUUCAGUGGAGUAAAACUAUAAUAUGCAAUUUUGUUCUUAACAUGCUCACUGUAGGCACACUUUUAUGUUGAGAAAAAACAAUGUGAGAAACUGGAAUUAUUUAUUAUUAUUAAGAAUUUUGCUUGAACAAUGAAAUGCACAGCAAGAUUUAUUGAACUAUUGUACAUUCCUGGAUUAGUGGGAAAAAUGUCCUCUGUCAAAUUCAAUGUAGGCACUUUAACUUCACGCCAUCAUUUGCAGAGUAUUACUGUUGUAUCCACAGCGCUAAUAAAGACAUAAGCUGUAGAACAUCUGUGGGCACAAGUUUUGCAGUUUGUAAAAAAGCCUUUAAACCGUUAAACUUUACAAAUAAAUAUAUGUGGGGAACAACA